AUGGAACAAAGGAUUCAGAAAAUGUGGGCUAAAUCGGGUGUGGACUCUAUUAUGGAUUUGUCUAAUGACUUCUUUGUAGUCAAUUUCACAGUAGUGAAGGAUUUUGAGCUUGCUUUGUUGGGAGGGUUUUGGAUGAUUUCUGAUUGUUAUCUUAUAGUUACAGAAUGGAAACUGAAUUUUGUUCCUAGAGUUGACGUAAUUGAGGAGGUGCUUAUUUGGGUAAGAUUUCCUGAUUUGCCUCUUGAAUACUAUGAGAAGGGAAUCCUGGAAACUAUAGGUAAUGAGAUUGGCAGUACGGUCAAAGUGGAUUUAUCCACGUUCUUACAGUCAAGAGGGGGAUAUGCAAAGGUUGGGGUGCAAGUAGAUCUCAAGAAGGCUUUACUAUCGACAUAUAUUAUUGAUAAGAAGGAGCAUCCUAUCGUCUGUGAAGGGUUACAAUUAUUGUGCUUAUAUUGUGGAAUGUGUAACACUUAUCUUUGA